AAUGCAGCUAGGUUUAUCUUACCUUGACUUGACUGCUCAGGAACACAAGUUUUGACACUUCAAUUCAAUUUUAGCAUUUUGGACAACAUUGCAUAUAUCUCUGCAUGAAAGGUUGAGCACACUGAGGUGGUAGGGAAUAAGAGACUUAGCAACUUUAGAUUUUUCUUAAUUAAGACAUAUUCUCAAACCAGAUGGAAUGAAGAAAACAGAUUAAGGCUUAGUUGAGUUGAAUUUGUAUGCAUGUGGAUCUUGUAGUUAAAAAUGCUGAUCUCCCUAAACAAGGACCUCCAGAAAAUUGCAUAAUUGUUGUUGAUCACUCAAAUGCUCAAGUUGCAAAUGCUCUUCUUUUUUUUUCAAUUUUUUACUUCCACUCAAUAGUGGACUUGUCUUUUUUAGUGGAAAAUUUGAAAGAAUUGGCUAUUCUUACUUAGACAACUAAAAAGAUCAAUGCAUGAUAUCCAUUUAAAUGGAAUAUCAUCAUAUAAAGAAAGCAGAGGUCCCCAACAGCUUGGCUUUUCCAAGAAAUGGCUUGCAUGUCUGAAACUUGUCUUCUAUGAUAUCAGCCAAUUAGAGCAGUACAAGCUUUCUCAUCCAUAUAUAUACUUCAUAUGAAUUGGGGUUCUAUAGAGUCUCUAAACAAGUACCAAGUUUUUUUAUGAUGAGUUGGAAGACAAGGCCAUGUGUACUUCAAGUGCCUCCGUCUCUGAUAAGUGAUCACACACUACACAAAAUGCCCUCUUCUCUACUCAUCCAGAUUUUCAUAGAUUUUCUCACAUCCCAAACAACUAUAUGUACAUAUACAUGGAUUACUAGCUGCACAACCAUAUCAAGUCCCAAAUAAGAAAAGAAAAUCUGCCCUUUUGAUCAUUUGCAAUUUGCAGUUUUCAUCAUCUAAACAAUUACAUAGAGCCAUGGCUAUUCGUUUGCCUGGUAUUAAGCAAGCUACUCAGAUUCUUCGUCGAUCAAAUUCAUUGUCCAAAGGUGUUCCUAAAGGCUACUUUGCAGUUUAUGUAGGAGAAGAGGAAAUGAAGAGAUAUGUAAUUCCAGUAUAUCUCUUGAAGCAGCCUUCAUUUCAAGAAUUACUAAGCAAGGCAGAAGAAGAAUUCGGCUUCAACCAUCCAAUGGGUGGACUCACAAUUUCAUGCAGUGAAGACAUCUUCAUUGACUUAAUUUGCCACUUGACUAGAUUGUAAGCUGCAUUAGAAAGAAGGAACAGAAGCAAUUUUGUAAAUCUUGUAGAUUUUUUUUUAAAUUUUCCUUUUGAUGGAAGAAGAGAUGAGAAUAAAAAAAAUCUUUUCUAUAUAUCCAGAAUUCCACAUAGUUAUAGUAUUCUUUUAUAUUAUCCAUUUGUCGAGAAAUUUUAGAAUAUAAUCAUAAAUCACAUAACAAUUGUAUUACAAUCAUUGAUCAUGAUGGGUCUCAUGUGAGUC